AUGCUAGCCGGAAAUAUGCAACGGGCCAUCCUCAUGGCUAUUUUCCUCUUCGCGAGUCUUUCGCUUGCUGCUCCAGCUGAUGAGGCAAGAGCCGAGGGGACACGUAUUGGCCUCGACGCAGAGUCCGGCUCUGGUGCUCCCCAACGGGUCUUCGAUUUCAAGAUCACUCCCGACAUGAAAACUGAAGACUUGGAUAACACCAACUCGGCUCUGAGGAAACUCAUUGCAUACAUUGUCAAAGGUGCCUCAAAGGCUUCUAGAUAUGUUAAAAUCCUGCAACCAGAAAACUCGGCGCCUGAAAUAAAGUUGAGGAUUCUCGACAACUCAAUCUUCGUCCCAGGCAGCGGCCCUCCACAAUUCGGUUUCAGACGAACGGAUGUCAAUCCUGUUAUUGACAGAACCACCACUCUCUCUGGGACCACAACCUGGUAUCAGACGAUCCGAUUGGCCUCAGAUGCUCCGCUUGUACUUGAGCAUGGAUACCUUCUGGCUAGCAUUGAAGACAGGUAA